AUAUAUUUAUUUCAAAUAAUUUUAAACGCUUUCGACAUUUGGCGACGCAAUUGAUAUUCUCUAUUCACAGAACCAUAGAUAUUCGAUUUCUGUGUAUAUCCAAAAAUAAUGGAUACAUUUACUGUAAAUAAAAUUUGUUUAUGAGCAAAUAUGAUCGUUCACUUCUUUCCGUCGUAUUGAUGAAUACGCGAAAUCCAUCCCCCCUUUGAAUUAUACAUGUUGUCAAAAAAGUUGAAAGUUUGACAUUAUUGAUCAGCAGCGCCCUCGGUAUACACAAAAUGCAGUUGUUUUACAAUCAUCGAUUGUUUUGGAUAAUAAAUCGCAGCAACAACAAACACGGUUUGCUAUAAAUUUGUAAUCUACGUUAGACAAAAUGCCGAAGGAGUGCUCUCUGAAAUCGCUCGCAUGGUGGAUAAAGGAUUUUCCCGACUUCCAAAUGGACGGCGACAUCAUAUUCUGUGUUCCCUGCAAGAAGGCGAUUCCAUGCAAAACAAAGAAUCAAGUGAUCUCGCACAUUAAUAACCACAAGAAGAAUGAAAAACCCAAAGCAAAAUUGAAAGCGAAGGAGGAUCCACCGUUGUCGCCUACAACUUCCGCUACCAACGAUUCGUUCAAGUACGAUUUAUGUAAAUCGCUUCUAACCAGCAACAUCCCCUUGCAGAAUCUCGACAAUUCCUCUUUCAAGCAAUUCCUCGAAAAGUACUGCAAGAAAUGCAUACCUGAAGAGAGCAUCAUGCGGAAGGUGUAUUUAGAGGAUAUCUAUAGUAAUGUCAUGACCGAGAUUAAGGAAUCCGUUGGAACUAACUAUUUCUACGUGAUCAUCGACGAAACCGCGGACAAGGCUGGGCGUUACAUAGGGAGCAUAAGCUUGGGCAUCCUGAAGACUGACUGCAAGGGAAAGCAAUACCUGAUCACCAUCAAGGAACUAAGCCAGUCGGACUACCUAACAGUUUCCAACUUCAUAAGCACAACUCUGAGUAACUUCUUCCUACCCGAGAAGGUCCCGGCGGAUAAGGUUCUACUGCUGGUAUCCAACUCGAGCCGCCACAUGGUGAAGGCCGGCCAGUAUUUGAAGACAAUGUACAAAAAUCUCAUCCACGUCACAUGCAUGCUGAACGGUCUGAAUCAGGUGGCGGAGGAAAUCAGCGAGCAAGUGCCGGCCCUGACUCGUUUCAUUACGAACUUUGAAAACAUAUUUUACGAAUCUCCCCUGAGGCUGGAGACGUUCAAAGAAAAGUUACCGCAUUUAUCGCAGCCGCCGCAAGUGGUAAAAUGCAGAUGGGAUACUUGGAUGGAGGCCGCUUUGUUUCACGCCAAGUACCAUCAGGAGGUCACGGAAAUAAUUCACGAGUUCUCGGAAACUACUUCGUUAAUCUCCGAGUGCAGACGUUUGCUGGAAAGGCCUCAGUUGAGAGAACAGACGACUUUCGUCGAAACCAAUUACAAGUUCGUUCCGAAAGUAAUGUCUAUGCUGCAGGCGGGUAUCGUUCCGCUCGAGUCUUCCAUUAAAUAUCUGAAGAUAUUUGAGGAGUACGUGCGAAGAGUGAGAGGUGGCAAAGGGAGCAUCAUCAUCGAGAAAUUGGACGAGGUUUUUAUCAACAACGUGGGUUUCCAGUCCUUAAUUGCUAUCAACGACAUAAACAACGGUGAGACCAACCAAAUAUUCAAUCUAGACUCGGAACUGGCCAUGUACUUCAAGUACGCUCCAGUUACUUGCAUGGAUUUGAAGAGGCAUUCGCAGGUCUACAACUCGCACAUAUCCAAUCCAACCGGCUUCACCAAUGAGAACUUUGAUAAGGAGACCAUCGUUAGAUACUACUACAGUUCGAAAUAGUAGGAACAAAUACUCUACACUAAAUGUUUAUUGUAACAUAUGUACAAAACUGAUAUUAAUCGUGCAUAUAGAAUAGUCGCAUCAUACGAAUUUAAGUACUGGAUUUAAGACCUAAGAUUGUUGUAAACUUCAUAUAUUUAAAACGAAUGUAAAACUAA